ACCCAAAAAAACUAGGCUUUUCUGUUUUUAAAGGAUAAGUGCUUCCAGAUAGUUUCUCCCUUUCCCUCCAGUCUCUCUUAGGCUACAUUUUCCCGGCAUUUAGUACCGUGACAGUAAUCGAACUCUCUCCUAGAACUGCCCUGUUGUCUUUCGAGCUUAGUACUGAAAGAAACGGCCCGCAAUAUAUGUUGUUUAUGUAUUUGUUUAUCUGUUUGACGGCGGGCGGAGAGCGCGGGGUUUGCUUUACCAACCUGGCCGCGCUUUCCACACCGCUAGAUUUCCAAACCGCGUUGCCUUAUAUUAUAGGAUCGUUAGUCUUAUUGAGCACAAUGGGACUUAAAGACAGACCAUGCGGGUAAAAGUUUGGACCGCACAACCGGAACUAGCUAUUGGAAUCAUGCUUAUAGUACUGUACUUCACCGUGUAUAGCGAGAACGAAGACGAGAUUACACCGAUUCCCCCCCCCCCUUGGAAUAAGUGGGGAAGGACAAGAAUAAUCAUAUGCAAAAAUGUUACUUCCCUGUGGAUUCUCUUUUUCUUGAACCCAGCUCUCAGUUACCUUCUGAAAUGCAGUGGAACCUAGUGGUCUACUUUGCAUUUGAGUGUUACUUGACCAUCCUGAGGUUGAUGCCUGGAGUGUUCUGGGUGGGAGGGGGGUCAUUCUGUGCCUCAGCUAGGGCAAGUGUAGAGUCAUAUUUUAACAUUUUAAAAAGUUGCGAGAUGGAGCUACAUGAACGUUGAAUUCAUGUCUUCAUUGGGGAAUGCAGCUAUAGUUCUCAGAAACGAAUUGUGUGUGUACACAGGAUGAAGUCUAUUAAAGGAUCUGGUCCUAAAACGGGUGGCUUCUCCCCUCUGUGUGUGUGUGUAUGUGUGUGUGUGCAAUAGUAGGCAAGGAAGUAGCAGAUAGAUUACUGUCUGGGUUUCUGUGCUCCAGUCUUUUUUUGUGCUCCAGUUUUCUUAUCCAGCAGUAGGUAUGUAUAUAUUUCAUUUAUAGCUUUUAAAUACAGACAAGGUGGGGAAAUUUGCUUUCUUUUCCCAUAAUAAUAUUAUGCCAUCAAGGUUGCACACAAUGUUUUGGAAAUAAAACUCUUUUAAUGGAGCAGAGCUUACUUCUGAGUAAGAACUUAAGAGUAACCCCUUAUAGCUACUAAUAAAUGCUAUACUCAGCAAGGUUUUUCAGACCAGAUCCAUCAUUGUUAUUAGUAUGUUUUACUUAAAGUAAAAAAAACUAGCCAGUCUUGAGCAUUCCUGGAAACCAUAACUUUCUUUUUAAUCUUCUUUCCGCAGAAUGUCACAGUUAAUGCUCAAGGGUUCUUUUUUUUUUUUUUCAUUCUUCACAUAAUCUGGGGCUAUAUUUCAGUCUGAGGCUGAGUUCUGGUGAAACAUUGUAUAAAUAACCCCCCAUCUGCUAUUACAACUGCUGCUAAACACCAUUAAGGAUGAAAAAUGGAUGAUACUAGACAGGAUAUAGAAGUACCUGAAAGAUUUGCAAUUUAGUUAAGUAAAGAUAAGCAGAAAUAGAGAAAAUGUUGGAAGUAGCAAAGGAAUGAGUAAAACAAGGUUUGAACAGUAUUGAAGUACAGACUAGAGUUUUUUUCCUCUGGCAUGGAAGAUCAAAGGGAAAAGCUGUUUUUGCAAGAAGUGCACAGAUAAUUCCCCGGUACAGUUUCUGUUCCCAAACUCUGUUAUGCUUCAGAGUUGCAAGCUUUGUUCAACCAAAGAUGUCAAAGAUGGGAAGAACAUUAAUAGUACCUCUCUACGAUGGAUAAUCUUAUCUCUUUCAAGAUUGUGACAAUCCUGAUGUUGUCUCCUUCCAUUCUUGGACAGAGAAAUAUGUCCUAAGACACAGAAAAAGUUAGGAACUGUUGAAAGGAGGAACUCAUGGCAGGAGGGAUGAGGAAAGAAGAUCAAAAGAGAGUUUUGUAGUCUGAUCCUGUCAAGUGUCUUUGGUUCAUAUCAGUGGGACUUUACUUCAAAGUAAUUAUUUUUAAGAUUGUUCCAUAGUAAAAUUUAAUCUGUGUAAAUGUAUACAACCAUAUGGACUUGUGAGCUGGGUAGGAGUUAGGAUAGGAUGGGAGAUACAGGUACAGAUUCACAGGUACGUCUACUAUAACUAUAUAUGCUUUUAUUCUCCUCUUGAUCAGAAUUAAUGAUUUUUUAAAAAAAUGUUAAUUAGAUUAGCAAGGUUUUAUACCUUUUGCUUGUAUGAUUUUGAUUCUUUUUGAAUACUUCAUGCAGACACUGGUCAAGCUCAUGCUUUGGGGCAGGCUCACACUUAUACAAAGUUCUACGUAGUGAUGCUAUGAAUUAAACUCAGGAUUUUUGGCAUCCAAACCAUGUGUCCUGCCAAAGAAGUAUGAUCCUUCUCCUGCUUAGCUUCCAUAAUGUGGUGAAAGCUGCCAAACUAUUCAAUAUUUGGCCUGUAGUGAUGGUUGCACUGGAGUUUGUAUUCUGCAAUAGUGCUAAAUCAGACAUCACAGGAGAGGACAGAUGUGUGUUUCUUUUCCCUCACCAUAGGUUCAAUUGACUGGCCCAAGGGUAUUCAAGAAGCUUUGUGGCCAAGUGAGGAUUGGCUGAAUGACUGUCUGAAUGACUGUCCAGGAACCCAGCUGAACAGCUGUCCAGGAGCCCAGCUGUUCAGGCAUUCUAUGGUACUGCUAUUACAGAUGUUUUGUUGCCAUAAAGCAGCCUUCCAUGGUCAAGCAUCAUCUAGAUGUGUUGGACUACAGUUCCCAUCACUAUAAGCCAGUGGCUAUCCUAGCUGGAAAUUAGCUGUUAGUUAUACUCCAAUGCAUCUGAAAAUGCCAACUGGAGUCAGGUUGAUACUGAAAAUUCAGUCUUGUACGUCUGUAAGGCAUGUUGCAAAAGAAAAGAUAAGUAUUUUAAAUGUUACUACUCAAGGCUGUGUUUUUGGAUACAUCCUUGACAAUUACAGUGAGGAUAUCUGUGGCCAGAAGACAGGAUCAGCUCAGCUUGGUAUUUUAGUCCAGUGCAGGUAGUAUGUAGACAGUUACCCCCUUGUAUGUUCCUCGCAUUUCUAGCUUGCCCUGGUCUGAAGCCCUGGCCUGCAGCAUUGAACUGGCUAAAGCAUCCUCCAGAGCCAUUCAGGCAGAGCAAAGGAAUGUUGAGUAAGCUUAGUAGCAGAUCUUUUGCAGGUUCAGAAGGUUAACCUGGCUGCCUGGCAGUUUCACAGCUGUUGCUCUAGUUGAUGUUGCUUUGGCUCUUCCUUGCUUAGGGAAGUCAUGGAAAGUGUCAGUCUGGCCUGUAAUUGUUAGAAAUGCAGGUGUUCAAGAAAGCUUGUCUUUUUCGAUGGGACCUACUUGAAAGAUCACAAGGAACAAGAUGGUGCUCCCUUCCCAGUCCACACACUGAAACUGACAGGAUCUUGCUUCCGAGACUGAGUGAGAUAAGCAUUCACCUCUAUACGUGAGGCAGCAGGCUAGUUUAGGGAGCUAAGAAUAAACAGUGGGAUACACAGGUCUUUCUAACCUCACCAUAAUUAUGAUAGAAUGGAAGAACAGGAUGGCAGGCCAGGGGACUGCCUUACUGGUCCUCGGCUUCUCCCACAUGAAGCGGUUGUCUCAUUUUGCUUAAGGACAGGGCUGGCUGUGUAUAGGUAGACUCUCCUUCGCAGAGAAAAAUGCAAGUGUUUUAUUUUGAAUGCUAUGUGUGAAGAGAAGCUGCUCAAGUGAUUUGUGUUUCCUGUUCCCUCUGGAUCGCUGUCAUGGUCAAGGCCUCACUGGUCAGAUGAGCCAGGCUGAAAAAAUUCUUUGGAGCAGUUGAUGAGGAACAAACAAGGAUGAAGUUACCAGAUCAAAUGGCAUAAAUAAUGGAGCUUCUAGAGCUCUGGUAUCUAUUUUGUGGAAUUCUAAUCUGGUGGGCUGAAUGAUGUUGAACUCUUCCAAAGAAAGGCAGUUCCCUUGAAAGAGGAGAUAUCUGGUCCCCUUUUUGGUGCUUUCUGGUUUUCACAAGAAAAAAAACAACAGAAAAAGUCAGAAGUCCUUAGUUUUUGCUGUUCAUCGACUGGUUUGGAGGAUAAAAGUCAGAUCUUUGGAAUAAACCUUCAAAAUACAUGUUUGCUUGCCAAGACAAGCCAUGAUAAAUGUUUUACGGAAGAGUUGAAACCUUUCAAAGAACACCCAUUCAAGUCUCAGCACUGAUGCAAGAGAAGCUAGUCAAAAAUUGCAAGAUGACAGAUGAGCCGAUUAAAGAGAUCUUGGGUAGUUCCAAGUGUCCUCAGUGUGCAACACAGGAGAAAAGCAACAACAAUGACUACAGGGUAACAGCUGUCCCUUUGGUGAGUGAAUGCCAACUGACGGCUGCUACGGGGGGAGCUGAACUCUCCUGUUACCGUUGUACAAUCCCAUUUGGGGUGGUGAUCCUCAUUGCUGGGGUGGUGGUCACUGCUGUGGCAUAUAGCUUCAACUCCCAUGGAUCCAUCAUCUCGGUGUUUGGUUUGAUCCUCUUGUCAUCUGGACUCUUUUUGCUGGUGUCAAGUGCAUUAUGCUGGAAAAUCUGCCAGCACAACAAGAAGGCCAAGAGGCGUGAAAGCCAGACGGUUCUAGUGGCUAAUCAGAGGAACCUGUUUGCUUAAGAACUGCAUGAAAAAACUCUGAAAAAGAAAGAAAGAAUGCGAUGGGUCACAGAGUGCACAAGUCUAUUUAUUUUCAUUUGGGCUGCAGGAUGUCUUUUAUUAAUGACUGAUUGGAUUUAUCAAUCUUAAGAAGUAAACAAUUCUUGCAAAAUCAGGAAUAAUUGUUAUCCAUUUUAUCGUAAACAUAUUUCAAGCUACAUUAGAUUUAGUAGUUUUUUUCCUUCCAUUUAGACCCCUAUCAUCAUUUCUCCCUUGUCCCCCCCCCACUUUGUAUUAUAAGCUUCAAAAGUAAGCUAAGCUAAGAUGAGAAAGCCUAUUACAGUCAAAGGUAGUGGUGGGCAAUUGAUAAGGCAAAUAUAUGCCCAUAAGAGCGAGGUAAUGUUUUGUUAUCAGUUAUCUCUUUUCAUAGAAUUAUUUGUUUCAAGUGUAUAUAUGUAUCAAAAGCUUGCCUUAAAUUCCUUUCCUGAGAAGCAACUUUUGAAAACAAUUGGGAAGAGGAGCAUGUGAACAAUUCUAUCAUGGCUAAUAGUUGCAAUACAUCUGUGUCACUAUAGCCACAUCGUGUGGUAAAUAAUUCCAUAUUCUUCUUUCCCACAAAAGGCAGAGAAAGACUUAAACCUCAGCUGCCUUUGUACUCCAGAUUCCCCUUGAAAAAUCAACUUCUACCUGUUGUUGUAUGCCUUUGUGUGGAACAUAUAGAUCCUGUUCUGGUUCCAUCUCCCAAACUGAAAAUAGCAAUUCCAUUGCAUGCUUCAUUGAUUAGCAUGUUUGCUUGAUUUACAAAGGGCUGCAAACAAAGCAAUUCCCUUUUUCCUUCGACACCCAUUUGGCAAAGCGACCUUGAAAUGUUGUUUGCCUCCCCAUCCCCAUUCUUUGACCCUGCCAACUGCCCCCUCCCAGCCCCAUCUCCUGCUCUAAAAGACUUGUUGCAUUCCAAGCUAUUCUGAAUCCUUGGAUAAUGUUGGAAAGUAAUGUCAGGAAAUGUCAGGAAAAUUAAGAAGGGGAUCAGAACACACCCAAAAGUGCCAAAGUGCCUCCAUGGCUUUGUGCUCCAAUUUUCUAGCAUUAUGUUUUCAGUAGAUGAGAAGUUCAUACACAUCUUUCAUCAACAUAUUUUUUAAGGGCUACGGUAGCUGCAUUAGCCAGUUCUUGGAUCUCUUCUCUACUCUUUGUUUUGCUCCUGAGAAAUUUGUGGUACUUUUUAAAGAGAAAUAUUGAACUUUUUAAUUAAAUUUUGGGGUGCUCAGGGGAGGGGGAUUAAUAUUUAGACACAAGUUGAUCUCUAUGCUUAUUAGCCCAAAGUAAACAACAAAAUACCUGUAUAGCUAAAAGUGACUUUUUCUGUAAAUUUCAUUAUUAUAAUGCUCUCAUACUUAGCACUUUGGGGUGGUUUUGAUAUUAAUUUUUUUAAUGAACCCUUCAUUUAAAAAAUAAUAAACAAUUUCUGCUGCUAGAGCUUCACAAGGUUUAAUUAUUUCCAUUCUGAUCUGGAACUUUUUGUACUGAUCCAUCCCAGAAGACCAGUAUGGAUAUUAGUGAUAUGAAUGCACAGCCAGGGAUGGAGUCAGUAUGUUAUGUUCAUCCCUGCCCCACUGAAACUCUAAGGAAUGCGAGAAACUAGAGGGGAAGUACACUGGCAUGCAGGGCUACCACUUUGCAUUGAUUGAGCAAUGCAGACUGAACUUUUAUCCAGUCCCUGAAAGCUUGUAGAAUUACUGAUUAUUGAGUAUAGUUGAACCUCUGAACGUCUGCUAAUGUUGAACCUUCUCUUCUGCAUCUUUAUUUAAGAAAGGCGUGGGACAGUGUAUGCAAAAAUUGUGUUAAAAACUUAAGUAUGAUAAAAGACCCUCAGAACCCAGCCUAAAGCAGUAAAAUCUUAAAAAGCUCAAAUCAAAUGCAAAUUGACAUGGUAAAAUGUAUUUACAAAUUAAAUGCAUUAAAUGCGAAUAAAAUGGUUCUAACAGACUGUUGAAUUUAAUUCAGAGUUGGUGCCAGCUGUAUU